UUUACCCGAAAGAGGCCCAGAGAACCCUAAUACUUGAACCAUUUCUCCUCUUCUUCUUCUUCUUCUUCUUCAGUCUCACUCUCUCUCACCGUCGGAAAGUCUCACUCGCCGAUCAAAUCUCCGAUCUUGGUUCGCCGAUUAGCUCCGAACGGCCGAAAGGGAUAAUAAUUAGAGUUAUGGCUAUGAGUCACGCGAGAUCGUUGAGGAGCGUUAUCAAUUCCAUGGAAUUGGAAGCAGUAGGGGUGUUAGUUUCAGGGCGACGAGCAUUUUCUGCUAAGGCAAAGAAGGGUGGCAAAGGUGGUGCUGGUGAUGCACCGAAGGCGUCAAUUUUAGACAAGGAAGUUAAGUCUACGACUGUGGUUGGAGCUAAUAUACUCAAGGAUGGGACGGAUCCUAAAAUCUUGCCAGAUUCCGAGUACCCUGAAUGGCUUUGGCAUCUGAUUGAUAAGCGUCCUGCGUUGAGUGAACUGAGAAGGAAGAACAUUGAAACUCUCCCCUAUGAAGAUCUCAAGCGAUUUGUUAAGCUGGAUAACCGGGCAAGGAUCAAGGAGAACAACUCGCUAAAGGCCAAGAACUAGUUGUAUUCUCACGUUUGUGACAAUCAGUAGUCUGGCAUUAUGGGUAACACUGCUCCUAAGUUCCUGUAUGAGUCUCAGGUUUGCUUGAGUGACUGUUGACUUCUCUUCAUACCUGGAAACAUAAUGGCUCAUGUAUUUUCAUUUUGGCAAGUCAAUUCUUCUGCUUUGAUUUCAAUUUUGAAUUCAACUGAAUGAAUCUUGUUGUGCUGGUUACCAAAACUUCAGAAGAGCUUGUCGAGUUAUGAUA